UUACUUAGGCUGUCAAAGUUGAAGAGGAGGCGGAGGCGGAACUGAAACAGAACCAAACUUUUCUGGUUUACACCACGAAUAUGAUGAUAAGGCUGUAUCUGCUGUUGUUAUGUUAUUCAAGUCACUAGUGGGGAGUGCCUGCACUCUACUUGGAGCUGCUACAGCCUUCAAAUUUGCGCCUGUAGAAGUCAAGGCCCAAGCAGCUGCUCUCCUUCACACUGCAGUGAGGAAGUCAUCUUUGGUGGAACAAGCAAAUAUGAAGGUUGAACUUCUGCCAGCACUGUCUGAUAACUACAUGUACCUCCUGAUUGAUGUGGACUCCAGAGAAGCAGCUAUUGUUGACCCUGUGGAACCCAAAAAGGUUGUUGAAGCUGUCAGAAAACAUGGUGUUAGACUUACCACAGUUUUGACCACUCAUCACCACUGGGAUCAUGCUGGUGGAAAUGACAAGAUGCUGAAGCUCAUGCCAGGAUUGCGAGUCUAUGGAGGAGAUGACAGAGUUCCUGGUAUUACAAAGAAAGUUACCCAUUCCAACAAUUUCAAGAUUGGAUCACUUGACGUUAAAUGUCUGUUCACGCCGUGUCACACAACUGGUCAUAUCUGUUAUUAUGUGACCAAAGAAAACAGCACUGAGCCACCGGCUGUUUUCACAGGGGACACCCUGUUUGUGGCUGGCUGUGGUAAAUUCUUUGAGGGAACAGCUGAGCAGAUGUACAGAGCCUUGAUAGAAAUUCUGGGUCGCCUGCCUCCUGAAACGCGAGUUUACUGUGGUCACGAGUACACCGUCAGCAACCUGAAAUUUGCUCGUCAUGUGGAACCAGACAAUGAAAUCAUUCAGAAGAAGCUAGCAUGGGCAAAGGAAAAAUGCAGCGAUGGAGAGCCAACUAUCCCGUCCACACUGGCUGAUGAAUUCACGUUCAACCCCUUCAUGAGAGUAAAGGAAAAAUCUGUGCAGGACCAUGUAAAGCAGACAGACCCGAUUGAAACCAUGAGAAGUCUCCGGAAAGAGAAAGACGGCUUUCGUGUGCCAAAAGACUGAUGUCCACUGCUGGCUGCAACCACUCAUAACACUGCAAGCUGACAAUAACAAAUACACCAUAAAAAUAUCUUCAGUUCAUCUUCAGAGCCACUUUAAAAUACAUCUACUACACUAAAUCUCAGUGAAUUAAAUAAAUACAUUUUAUUGCCAUAAUCAGCACUAAUAUGGCUAUAAACUUCUCCGUCAUAAAUUCAUACAUUUUCUGUUUGUUUGUAUGGCAUUUGUCUGAUAGUCUUAAGGAAUAUUUGGCCAUUAUUUGAGCUCUUUGAAAAAUAACUUUGUUUAUCUGUAAAUGGAAGUUUUAGAGUCUAUUUAGUUUUAUGUUGUAAUAUAUUUGAUGUGCAAACUACUAUUUUUAGAAGUUUCCAAAUUGAAAAAGAAAAUCAAAAAGAAAGGGAGCCUCUUGUUCAACAAAUGUUGGAAUAUUUGUAAAUUGUCUGUACAUUGAUAAAAUAAUUUCUUUAAAUUGUUGAAUUAAUGCUUUUUUCCCACCUCAAAUUCUUCCAAGUAGUCUUAUUGUUAGAAUUUGCAUGAAAUCCAUUGCUGUAGUUAGUGUGUCAGCAUUAAAUGUUACAUACUAUAACUGCUCUUUUGCAUGUAAAGAACAGCCCUACAGAGAAUACUGCAUGAUUUUCUUUGGAAAAAGCAAGAAAAUGUGUAUUUAAGGUCAGUAAAUAUACAAGUCUUGCAUUCAGUAUGGACUUAAAGCAUCAUAAGUAAAAGUACUCAUUGUC